AGUCAAACUUGUAAGUGAAUUAAUUACUUCGUAGUAGCCUAGUAGGAUUACAAAAUAGUUGUUACAAUCGUAAAGAAGAACAAAACACCUUCAAAUUCAGUUUUUCUUGUCACAACUCACAAAGUCACAACUCACGCCAAUAAAUAAUACUCCAAUCCCCUUUUCUUCUCUCUUCUUUCCUCCAUUACUACAUUACCAACUUACACCUUUUUCUUUCUCUCUCUUCUGUAGUGUAAGAUUUCUGAUUUCAUCCUUCUUCUUCACUCCAAAUCAGACUUGAUUACUUUUAUCUACAUUGGAGUAUUAUAUUUCUCCUUCCCGCAUCUGGGUUUUGCUGCUUUUUUUCAACUUCCUCAGCUGAGGCAUCUUCAAAGGUGGGUGUCUCAAAAGCUCAAAUCUUUGCUUAAUUUUUCUGGGUUAGUUGUGUUCCAAGUUUUUGUAUUUUUUCUGCUGUUUUUCUCUGAAUCUUAUUGGAUUACCAUUGUAAAUGGUGUCGUAACUAAAUAAAAAAAAAAGAAAAAGAGAAGAUCUUUGAUGAAAUGGGUAGAAUUCCCAUGAUUAUUCUAUUUUUUUCUGUAUUACUAGUAAAUGUGAUUGUAGCACAAUAUACACCAAAAGAUAAUAUCUUGUUGAAUUGUGGGGCUCAGGACUCACAAAGUACUGAUUCUGAUGGUCGGAAAUGGAAAUCCGAUAAGGGAUCCAAGUUCUUGGCAUCAUCUAAAGGGUCAACCAUAGCUACGGCUGCCACUCAAGCACCUGAUGUUGGGGAAAUUCCUUUUAUGACUGCUAGGAUUUCCCAAUCCAAAUUUACAUACAAUAUAGCUGUUGCCCCUGGUAGGAAAUUUGUCCGGCUUUACUUUUAUCCGAACACCUACUCGGGUCAAAAUACUAGUAAUGCCAUCUUUUCUGUCACGGCUGGCCCUUACACAUUACUUAGCAACUUUAGUGCUGCCCAAACUACCGAAGCCCUAAACUUUGAUUACCUGAUCAAAGAAUACUCCCUCAAUGUGGAGGGUACAACUCUGAGUCUUACCUUUACUCCUUCGUCGAAUUAUACCAACUCAUUUGCCUUUGUGAAUGGUAUUGAGGUUGUGUAUAUGCCUAAUGUCUAUGCUGAGGCUGAUACUGAUGGAGCCAGCCUGGUUGGGGGAGGUGUUCCGUUUCCGAUUGAUAAUUCCACUGCCCUUGAGGGUUUGUUUCGGUUGAAUGUGGGUGGAAACUACAUUCCACCCACACAGGAUACUGGCUUAUUCAGGGCGUGGUAUGAUGACACACCAUUCAUAUUUGCGGCUGGAAGUGGGACCACCAGUGUAAAAGAUCCUGAAGUGAAUGUCACUUUUCCGGAGGCCUUGCCUUCGUACACUGCUCCAGUUGAACUUUACUCAACUGCAAGGUUCAUGACAUGGGAUAAUUCAUUGAACCUCAAUUUCAACUUGACAUGGUUGUUUACAGUUGAUAAUGGGUUUAGUUACUUGGUUAGGCUGCAUUUCUGUGAGAUCUUUGCCAAUAUAACAAAGCCUAACCAGAUUGUGUUUAAUAUCUACGUCAACAAUCAAACUGCGGCUUCUGGGGUUGAUGUCAUUGGAUUGACAGAUAGGAACGGAGUACCUAAUGUUCAGGACUAUGUAGUGAUUCUUCCCACUAGUGGAGGACCUCAGCAGGAUCUUUGGCUUGCUCUCCAUCCAGAUACCACUGAUAAGCCUCAAUAUUACAAUUCCUUUCUGAAUGGAGUGGAGAUAUUUAAGAUAAACAGCACCAAUGGUAAUCUUGCUGGGCAGAACCCAAUUCCAGCUCCAGCACAAGAUUUCGAUUCAGACCCAACUACUAGCUCUUAUUCAAGUAGUCAUGCGGCAGUCAUUGGUGGGGCUGUUGCUGGAGGUAUUGGCCUAGUCUUUUUAGUUGGUCUUCUAGCCUGCUGCAUAUCUCGUCGUCAGAAGUAUGGAAAAGUCUCCAACCCAAGUGAUGGUCCAUCUGGCUGGCUUCCCCUUUCUCUCUAUGGAAAUUCGCACACCUCUGGAUCCGCAAAGACAACUACCACUGGAAGCUACACUUCUUCUCUUCCUUCAAACCUCUGUCGGCAUUUCUCUUUCGCAGAGGUUAAAUCUGCCACCAAGAAUUUUGAUGAGUCUCUUGUUCUCGGGGUUGGAGGUUUUGGUAAAGUAUACAGGGGUGAAAUUGAUGGUGGGACGAUGAAAGUAGCUAUCAAGCGUGGGAACCCGCUCUCUGAGCAAGGUGUACAUGAGUUUCAGACAGAAAUUGAGAUGCUCUCCAAGCUUCGUCACCGUCACCUUGUCUCCCUUCUUGGUUACUGUGAAGAGAAUGGAGAAAUGAUCCUUGUGUAUGAUCACAUGGCUUUCGGAACCCUUCGUGAGCAUCUGUACAAAACCCAAAAGCCCCCUUUAACAUGGAAACAAAGGCUGGAAAUUUGCAUUGGUGCUGCUCGUGGUCUGCACUACCUCCACACUGGUGCCAAGCACACUAUUAUUCACCGGGAUGUAAAGACGACCAACAUUCUCUUGGAUGAGAAAUGGGUAGCCAAGGUUUCUGACUUUGGCUUGUCCAAGACUGGACCUUCCUUGGAUCACACUCACGUCAGUACUGUUGUGAAAGGUAGUUUCGGAUAUCUUGAUCCUGAGUACUUCAGGAGGCAGCAACUCACAGACAAGUCAGAUGUUUAUUCAUUUGGAGUGGUUCUAUUUGAAGUCUUGUGUGCUCGACCUGCCCUGAACCCAUCACUACCAAAGGAGCAAGUUAGCUUAGCGGAGUGGGCAGUGUAUUGCUACAAGAAGGGGAUGCUGGAUCAGAUCAUGGACCCAUACCUAAAAGGGAAGGUAGCACCAGAAUGCUUCAAGAAGUUUGCUGAGACUGCUAUGAAAUGUGUGUCCGAUCAGAGUAUUGAUAGACCAUCCAUGGGUGAUGUGCUUUGGAACCUCGAAUUUGCUCUGCAACUACAGGAGAGUGCAGAGGAGAGUGAUAAGGGUCUUGGUGGGGUGAACUUUGUUGAAGGCAAGUAUGACAUUGAGUGUGGAAAGAAGGAUCUUGAUGAAUCACGGGGGUUCGAUGGAACUGUAACUGACUCAAGAAGCACGGUGAGCAUUGGUGGGCAGAGUCUCGCCAGUGAAGACUCAGAUGGUCUGACACCAAGCGCUGUAUUCUCUCAAAUCAUGAAUCCAAAGGGACGUUAGGAGGCUAAAAGGUCCGGAACUGUCUCACGAAUAUGGGUUCCAGUCUUAUUUUCUUCCUACUCACAGAAUUUGCUAAUCGGAUUGAAACAAUCACACCAUUCAUCAUCAGACCAAUAAUACUAUUCAAUUUUCUUUUAUAUACCUAUUUUGUUCUAUCAGUUGAACAUUGCAAUUAAUUUUGAUUUCCACCUUUGAUUUAGCUGUAAGUUGUAUCUAUAUUUUCCAUAAUGUACGGGAUUUUGUUGUGUAUUUCUGAACUUCCGGGUUCAUAAUAGUGGAAUUCGUUAAUUCUUAACGAUUUGUUC